CUCACCUCUUCUUCCUCCCUUGUCUUUAUCUUGUACGUUGACCGUAACCCUCUCCCAGGAUUCUUCAUCGCAUAGUUCGUCGCCAAAAGCAACGGUCGCUGUCGAAAGUUUCUCUUACACACCCUUAUUCCCACCUCUCAAGAUGGCGUCAAACCAGCCCGCCCGCGCUGCCGGACCCCUGCCAGCCAUGCAAGAGCUCUCACCAACGACGUUCCUCUACGAUCCGCCCUCAUCCGUUCUGGACCCAAACUCACCCAAGCUCGUCGCCAUCUUCAGCUGGAUGUCAGCUCAAGAUGUCCACAUUGCAAAGUACACCUCGCGGUACAUGGCAAUGCACCCCUCCGCCAGCAUCCUCCUCGUAAAAUGCCCCUUCAUCCACACCCUCUCCACCCGCAUCUCCAAGCGGCAAAUCAAGCCAGCGGUCCCCGUGAUCCGCUCCCUAGCCGACUCCACCCCGCCGCCGGCCUCCUCCGGGACGGGAACGGGGCAGCGGGCCCCGCAGCUCCUCUUCCACGUCUUCUCCAACGGCGGCGCCACCAACCUUGCCAAGUUCCUCGAGCUCUACGCCGACGCGGACCGCGCGGGCCGUUUGGAACUCCCGCCGCACGUGACGCUCUACGAUUCCUGCCCGGGUGGGUUCCACUGGAUGCGCAGCUAUCGCGCCCUCUCGGCCUCGAUGCCGCGGAUCCUGGCGCCGCUGGCCCACGUCUUCAUCGGCUGGUUCUGGCUCUUCCACGUCCCGCUCGGGCGGGUCGGGUUCUUUGGCAAGAUGUGGGCAGCGCUAAGGCAGAAGGCGCUGUUGGGUAGUGAGAGGCGGCGGGCGUAUUUGUACAGCAAGGAGGAUGAGAUGAUUUACUGGGGCGAUGUGGAGAGGCAUGCGGAGGAGUCUGCUGAGGCUGGGUUCAAGGUCCGCAAGGAAAUGUUUGACGGGAGUCAGCAUGUUGCGCAUGCGAAGCUGGAUUCGUCGAGGUAUUGGGGGCUUGUGAGGGAUGUGUGGGAUGAGGACUUGGUGAAGAAGAAGGUUGAGCCGCCGACGCCGACGACGAAGUCUGCUGAUGCCCCGUCAGAACCAACGCCCGAGAACGGAUCAGAGACUGCCGACAAGACUCCAGAAUCUGUGAAGACGGCACUGGAAUCACCGCAAGCUGCGCCGGAGCCCCAAAAAGCCAAGUCAGAAUCGCCAAAGGCUUCUCCGGCACCAGAGCCAACCAAAGUGAGCCCUGAGCCACCCAAGCCCGCACUGCCGCCACCAGAGAUUGUGCCUGCGAGGCCGAAGCGGCAACCAACGCCGCCUCCAACCAUUCAGUAAGCCGUUGAUGUGCGCACUUCUGUCAGUUGAGAGCUGGUUACUUUCGUAGAUGAUACCUUUUCUUUGUCUCUGCAUGUAUAGAUUGAGAUAUGCGUGGGCUUACUGUAGACUUUUCUGGAAAAUCGAAUCAUGUUAAAAUUAAGUAGGGAAGCCUGUCUUUUGGGGGGUCUAUUGACAUGAUGUGAGAUGUGCGUGCUAUCGUAAGGCUAGAAACAGAGUGUUCCUCUGAGAAUCAAAUCGGCGCCGAGUAAGUCCUGUAUAUCAAAAUCUGACAUGUAACUACUGAUCUUUUCGUAGCAUCACCGGCUGUUAUCUUGCGAGGAGAGGUCGCUCGGUGCACGGUUGUAGACCAGGGGACGCAAGCCAACGCGAUUCCAUAAAUAAGCAGCCCUUUCCCACCUCG